UCGUCAAAUCGCCAUCUUUGCUUGAUAAAGCUAGCAAGCUGCAAACAACAUCUUUCCGAAUGAUAAUUGUGUUCAAUCAGAAUUCUUAAAGGAGGCACGCCUGUUAAUUUUAAAUAAUAAUACCUUAAAAACGGCGUGUGGUACUCGAGCUUCAGAAACUCCCCACACAUAAGCCGUACGUUCAAUUAGUCGGGUAGCGCUCGACGAGUAGAGUGGUAAACAUGGGCCGCUCUCGAAGCCGAAGCUCAUCCCGCUCGAAACACUCCAAAAGCAGCAAGCACAGCAAGAAAAGGAGUCGGUCACGAUCCAGAGACAGGGAGAGGUCAAAGAAGCGCUCCAAGUCAAGAGACGCGAAGAGGAUCCGGCGCAGAGAUUCUCGUUCCCGUUCCCGGUCUGCUGUAACCUCAUCUCGCAGGGACAGAGCGCCAUCUCCCCCAGAGCGCAUCGACAUUUUCGGAAGGACACUGAGCAAGCGGAAUGCAUUAGACGAGAAGCAGAGGAAGGAGGAGGAGGAAAGGAAAGCUGAAAUGGAACGGCAAAGAAAAAUUCGCCAGCAGGAGAUUGAGGAAAAGCUUAUUGAAGAGGAGACGGCGCGGCGAGUGGAGGAGCUGGUGGCCAAGCGGGUGGAAGAGGAGCUGGAGAAACGUAAGGACGAGAUUGAGCGGGAGGUGUUGCGUCGCGUUGAGGAGGCAAAGCGCAUCAUGGAGCGACAGCUGCUGGAGGAGCUGGAAAGACAGCGACAUGCUGAAUUGGCAGCACAGAAAGCCAGAGAGGAGGAAGAAAAAUCUAAGCGGGAGGAGCUUGAAAAAAUCUUGGAGGAGAAUAACCGUAAGAUUGCGGAGGCCCAGGCAAAGCUGGCUGAAGAUCAGUUGCGCAUUGUGGAGGAACAGAGAAAAAUUCACGAGGAGCGCAUGAAACUGGAGCAGGACCGACAGAAGCAGCAGAAGGAGGAGCAGAAAAUCAUCCUUGGCAAGGGCAAGUCCAGACCGAAGCUCUCCUUUUCCCUCAAGGCCACAGAAUGAAGGAGUUGGUCCCCUUCAUCCCCAUCCAGCUCUGCUCCUCAUCAACCCCAGUCCUCCUAUGCCAGCUGCUCGCUUCAUUUUGGAAGUGCUGAACGAAGGAAAAAAGUGGUGCAACCUAGUGUUUAAACUUGCAACCCAUCGGAAGGUGCAAAUCUUCCCACCUGGCACGAAAGAGCAGCCAAACCUAGAUGGACCUGACUACUCACUCCAUUCUUUUCUUUCCCGCUACACAAAAAAAAAAAAACUCAAGUUUUGUGCUUUUGCCAUUUUUAUUUCAGUUUUUUUUUUUUUUUAGGGAUUGUGAACUUUUGAUGUAGAAUGCUAUAACAUGACCCCUACCCUAUAAGUCUUAACUCGGUGUCAUGAGUAACUGCACACGAGUGCUCCUCUCCCGUAUACAUAGGCAGAUAGGGUCCAAUGUGACUCCCUGAUGAAGAGGAAUACUUGUGACGUCUAGUACAGAUUACUGUCAAGUGUCACGUGCAGCUUGGGAGUUGACCUUUGGUUUUCUGUGCUUUUUUUUUUUUUUUUUUUUUUUACACAUUUUUUUAACUACUUUGGCAACAAAUCACAGCAAAGCCUUGAAAAGCAUAAUUUCUUUCUCUACAGUCCCUAUUUCGUCUCCCCGUAUACAUUUGGCUCAUUUGGUCUGGCUAGUUCACGCUGGUCUUGCUUACUUUGUUUUGUCGUACAUGACUGGAUCCUGGUUUGAGAGGAAAUCUGAAGCUCAUUUGGGAUUCAUUCAGUACCGCUCAAAUGAAGCCUUCCUCCCAAGCUGUCCGUGACCGAGCCUGUUUCCCCCGCCCGCUCUCAUACAUGUGUGAUCAGUGGAGAAUGAACUCUUCUUUAUGAUGUAACUUUGUGAAUCCUUGAUGUGACGCGCUGCCUCCCCCUCAAUAUUUAACAUUGUUUUAAAAAUGAUCCACUAAUGUGGAAAUGUCAAACUGUACAUCAUUUAUGUUCUUUAGCCCUGUUAUUGUCAAUUAACUUGGCAAGUUGCAUCCCUUGGUAAGUCUGGAAGGGCAAAGGAUGGCCAAAUUCAGGUAAGAUAUUGAUUGAGGUCAGCGAGGUGUGUGUGUGUCUGUCUCUGUGUGUAUGUGUGUGUGUGAGACGAGCUGACCUGAGGUGGGUAUACUGAUUUAUGUGGGUUUCAUGUUUUUUUUU